GCCGAGAUUUCGCAUCCCUGUCGUUGACACCCCUGCAUGAUGAAGUCAUCAAGCUCGAUGUCGUCCUGCAGGGCAAGGAGCACAGCACGCGAUACCGGAAUUACUUCCUGAGGCGGCAGGCCGCCCUGCGGCACUGGGGAGAGAAAGAGGCACAGAAACUCCAUGGAACAAGGUUAUGGCAGACUGAUUGCCCCAAGUGGGUGUGGAAGCCGCUCCCCGCAAAGGUGGUGCGUCUGGACCUCCCUACAAGAAGGCAGGCGAUCAUCGCGGAAAGGCGGGCUGCAAAGCGAAAGACCUGGCAGCAGCUUUUCGAUAUUCGAGCUAGUCGGCCGGGAGCGAAGCAGAUCUCACUGGCCUUCUUCACACAUCGCCUGGAGCCCGAGAAAGCCGCAGGUUUCGUCACCAAGUACGGGGACCUGCUCGUCUCGGAGAAGGUGCUGCGUGCCGACAAACCGAGCUUCAAGCCCUGGCGAGAGGAGGUGCAAAUUGUUGCGAAAGGAAAAGUCUUCCUGGAGAAGACGACGUGCCCGAUUCAGCGAGAUCUUCUGACCAAGCAGCAGAUGAAG